GCAGCAGCAGCGGGAGAAGCGGUGAAAUAAACAUUGCAAACCGCGCAUCCGUCCGCAAACAGCUAUUUACUUCAAUAACCGCUUGGACCCCCGAACCCUCUGCGGAUAUCACUCCACAUCACUGCUAAGGUGAUGAGUGGGAUUAUAUCAUGUCUGAAGUACAGGGAACAGUGGAGUUUUCUCUAGAGUUGCACAAGUUUCACAAUGUGGAUCUCUUUCAAAGGGGGUUCUAUCAGAUACGAGCAGGGUUGAAGGUCUCGCCUCGAGUGCCCCACAGGCUUAUAGCGACAACACAAGACAAUGCAGGAGAGUGCAGCUUUAGCUCUGCGGGGGUUUACGACGGCACCGUGUUCAGCCGGAUAUUUCAGAUCCUUUACAGAAAUGAGGAGAUUGCGGUGAACGACUGUAUGAUCUUCAAAGUCCACCUGCUGUUGGACGGAGAACGGGUAGAGGAGGCCCUGAGUGAGGUGGAUUUUCAGUUGAAGUUGGAUCUUCAUUUUACUGACAAUGAGCAACAGUUGGCUGAUAUAGCAACUGUCCCCUUGAUCAGCAGUCGGACCCUCAGUCUCCACUUCCACCCACGAAGAGGCCUCCACCACCACGUCCCUGUCAUGUUUGACUAUUUCCACCUGUCAGUCAUUUCCGUCUCCAUACACGCUUCACUGGUUGCCUUACAUCAGCCGCUACUCAGCUUUGCCCGUACAGGGAAGGGCUCCUGGCUGGGAAAGGGCUCGCCAGAGAGCACGAGUGACCCAUCUGCCAUGUCUGUAGAGAACCUCGUGUUUGGAGCUGGCUACUGCAAGCCUGUCAUUUCUGAGGGAAGCUUUUAUGUGCCCAGUGAAAACUGCCUGCAGAGAGCGCAUACGUGGCACCGGCGGCUCUGUCGCCUCCUGUUGGUGGCACACAGAGGCCUGCAUGCAUACUACACAGCGCUCAUGAAGGAGAUCCCACAGCUCCAGCAGAUUCCUCUGGAAUCAGAGGUGCUGCCUGUAGAUGAAACACUAAAUCAGCUGACAAUAGAGCUACAGCUGCAAGAAGGCCAUGAGAAGGUAGCGGAGCAGAUCAGCAGGGACGUAAGCCAGCUCUGCUUCCAGCUGGCUGCUCUGUGGAGCUGCUUCCUGGAGGCCGCUGUGCUCAACCCCCACAUCCUGUCCUAUCUGGCCCAGGAGCACCACACGCUCAGGGUCAGGAGGUUCUCUGAGGCGUACUUUUUCACCGAGCACUCCAAAAGGAUAUCUCUGACGUUUCAAGAGGAACUAAUUAACAGACAUGGCCAGAUAGCUGCAGAAGUACGGAGCUCAGACUACUUGACCAAGAUGCCUCCUUUACCUGUUGAGUGCCUGGACAUCGAUGGAGACUGGAACAGCUUGCCUAUCAUCUUUGAGGACAGAUAUGUGGAGUCUCCUCAAACACAGUACGUCUCACAUGUGCCAAUACUUGCAACCGCUGAUGGACAAACCAACUUAGAUCUUGCUGUCACUCCUGUCAAGAGGAUUCUUGAAAGCAGCCAAGGAGCCAUAUCACCAGCAAUACCCAAGGAUUCCCUGGACAGUGAAUGCAUGGAAUUGCCCAUGUAUGCCUCACUCACAGCAGACCAGAGUAAGACCAACAUCAGAUGUACCCAGAACAUCAUUCCUACAGAGAACAGUGCUGAACUCUCUCUGACGGUGACAGAAAACUUGAAGGAACCAGCAGAAAGACACAGCCAAGAUAAGGAGAGCUGCGGUUCAGAGCAGAUGUACGUUGCAAUUAAGCCAUGUGAUCCUUGUAGAGGAGAGGCAGUCCUGGCUCCCUCCUCAAACUAUAGUCCUCUCAUUGAUUCUGUUGACAUUAGGGACAAGUCUCCUGCUCAUCAUAUAAUGGAAAAUAUUGCCCAACUUUGUGAUGCCACAAACCCCAGCAAUGCAAUAGAAACUGAAAACACUGACAUUGCCAUGCCUUUAAAUCACUCCAUUGAUGAUGAGAGUGAAGAUAUUCCUCCUGGCAGCCUACCCACUGCCUGUCCAGUUAUACCUCCCUUCCCGGGUGAUCUCAGAAAAGAGAUGACUCUUCGUGGAGGUUUGGUCGGCUCCAAGGUCAUGAAGCGCUCGUCCUCUGUUAUUUCAGACUCAGGCAUCGAGAGUGAGCCCAGCUCUGUUGCAUGGCCCGUGGAGGCCGCGCUGCGAGGAAAACCCCAUCUGGAUUUUUCCAGCGAACGGGAGAUUCCCCAACAAAUAGUGCUACACCAUCCAGUGCACCGCAGCUAUCUGGAAGGCCUGCAAAUGGAGAGCAAUGGCAGCCUUCCAAGUGGAGGUAUACAGGCCUCACUGACAUCUAUUAGUUCUCUGCCCUAUGAGGAGGACCAGCAUCAGAGGCAGCUCAGCAAGUUGACCAAGUCUGUAUCUGCACCACAGAUAAGUAGCCCAGAAGACAUAGAGGAGGGCCAUACACUGCUCAGCCAGGAAACAGAUUGCAAGAGCUUAGUAGGACACCAAGAUUCCUGUAGGAUAAACUGUUCUUUGAACAGCAACCUGGAUUCUGAACAGUCAGAAUUAUCUCCAUUAGAUAUGAGUUCAUCAUCAAAUCCUGGCCAUAUUCUAAAGGAGAAUAUUACCUCUGAAAAGUCAAACUUUCCACAGUACCUGUCAGAGACAUACAGGAUUAAGUCAGUGUCAAGUAGUGUGUCUGAAGUAUUACUUUUACAAGAGUCUGUAGAAAUCCCUCAUGUCAAGGAAAGUGCUGUUAUUGGCAGCCAGAGGGAUAAUAUGAACCAUCAAACACACAUCAGUGAAGUAACCUCAGUGAAAGAUGUGCAUGUCGUUGAAUCGGAAACAGUCCCCUGCAGCUGUGGAAGCAAACCAUGUGUGCAUGAAAGUGCAGCAGAUCAGGAGAGGAUUAACGCUGGAGAUGAGUGCCAAAGUUUCCAUCAGACCCAGCUAUUUGGGGCUGAGAAACAUGAAUGUCUGGAUCCCUCACAGACACUUAUAAAACCUUCAUGCUUCAGUGAUCUGCCCAACAGUAACAGCACCACACAGAGGCCCAGUGACCUGUUGGGGCUGGCAAACAAAGAUGUAGGAUCAUCUGCUGAUGAAAACGGGGUAUCAAGCAGUGAGAAAGCGCCUUUGGAAUGCCAGUCUAAGCCCUCCAAGAUCCCUAACUCAGGGCUAGCCUUUGUGAACAAAAAGAUGGUGGAGGUGGUGAACAUGUCUGUCUCCUGUGCCCCAACCUGCCUGCCAUUUUCAUCUGCCCUGAGAGACUCCCCAUCCAUCAGUGGAAUGUCCACUCGUCAGGCUACCUCGCCUAUCACCCAUCAGCCUCUGGGUUCCUUUGGUAUCAUCUCCUCAUCUUCACUCAGUCCCCUGAACAUGGAUGAAGAGACGAAUGAACGAAUGCUAAAUUUCUACAAGGCCAAAGAGGAGCUGUUCAAAGAGCUGAGCUUCCAGGCCAGCUUGUACAGUGACCUUCCUUUCCUGGCAUCAGAUCUCCCCUACUUCCCUCCCGAAGAGGAUGACGAGGAGUUCGAUGAUGGCAUACACCUUGUAGUGUGUGUCCACGGGCUUGAUGGAAACAGUGCUGACCUUCGGCUGGUAAAGACUUUUAUAGAGCUGGGUCUGCCAGGAUCCAGGCUUGAUUUCCUCAUGUCUGAGAGGAACCAGGCUGACACGUUUGCAGAUUUUGACACCAUGACGGACAGGCUGCUGGAUGAAAUCAUUCAGCAUAUCCAGCUGUACAAUCUCACCAUAGGCAGGAUCAGCUUCAUCGGCCACUCUCUGGGGAACAUCAUCAUCCGCUCGGUGCUGACGAGGCCUCGCUUCCGCUGCUAUUUGCCCAAACUGCACACUUUCCUCUCGCUGUCAGGUCCACACUUGGGAACGCUGUACAACAACAGCACAUUGGUCAGCACAGGUCUGUGGUUAAUGCAGAAGCUGAAGAAAUCAGGAUCCUUGCUGCAGCUCACCUUCAGAGAUCACGUUGAUCCACGGAAAACGUUCCUUUAUCUCCUGAGUCAGAAACCAGGGCUCCAGUUCUUCAAGAACAUUGUGCUAGUGGCAUCUCCACAGGACCGCUAUGUUCCUUUCCACUCUGCCAGAAUAGAGAUGUGCAAAACUGCUCUCAAAGACAGGACCACAGGGCCCGUGUACACCGAGAUGAUCAACAACCUCCUGCAGCCACUUGUGGAAGCGAAAGAGUGCCGGCUGAUCCGCCAGAAUGUGUUCCACGCUCUACCUAACACAGCCAACACACUGAUCGGCCGCGCCGCCCACAUCGCUGUCUUGGACUCUGAGCUAUUCCUGGAGAAGUUCUUCUUAGUGGCAGGUCUCAACUACUUCAAGUAAAGGUGCUAGUACUGCGGGCUUACUGGACUGAUCUGAUGGUGGAUGAAGGAGUCUAAAUGAAGGGGAUAAGGUCCUUUUACCCUGUAAAAUACAUGUAAUGUAUAUAAUUCCUGGUAUCCAAGAGGCCACAUUUGUAUAUCCCAUUUGUUAGGAUUAUUAGCAGCUGUUAUUAAAGGAUCAGUAUAUUGUGACUGUUUAAACUGCUAACUCAGAAGUCUGAGUUUGAUGUGUAGCCAGUCAAAGCAAAACAUCUGACACUGAUGACAGGAUUGAUUGUAGAUGUUUUGUCGGCCUUAUGAAUAACCUCUCAGCCAGAACACUAACAGAUGCUAAUUGUGGUUUAAAGCAUUUACUUACUUUCCCUUUAGAGUUGGUUUAGAGCCUUCGCUAUUACUGGUUGACUGAAUUCUUCUUUAAGGGUUACACUAAUGAUAGUCUUACACUAUCCUUAAAACAAGGCAAUAGAUGCUCAGCAUUUAUCUCCUUGACUGUACAUGAAGUAUUUUGUUGUACGAAACAUAGAUGUUCAUUUAUACAGAAAUGACUAUAUUGUUUAAAAUUAUUUAUUUUUUACCUGCUUCCAUUACCUACAGUGUAAGUAGUCUGUCUGCAUUUAGGUCUCUGUGUGCUAUUAUCAAAUCCAUCGAAUGAAAAGUAAAAUGUAUUGUCUGUAUGUUUAUCUUGAAAAAACUUCUUGUCCACGACUAGCUAAGUGUUAGGCCUACAGCAAACAUUUGCAUUAAAGUCUGCGGUAAAGUGCAUUUGAUAAGAAAUGGUCUGACCUGCUGUGAUGGCAUUUUCUUUUAAAAUGUGCUUUUGUGCUGACUCAGAAACAGAUUCAUUGGCAGGAUUCGCUGUCACCUGUCGAGCUUUCCAGGCUCACAAGGCCCUUAUUAUGCAAUUUAGAACGAUAUCCCUCUAACCUGCAGUAAUGUUUACAUUACUACAACAUGAUGUCAGAGAGAAAAGUGUCAUUGUUCUCAGAUGUUUUAGCUUUAGCUAGCUAGCCAAUGAAGCUAAUCUCAGCCGCUUGACUGAAAGCACCAUCAUUGACCUGAUUACAUUUCGCUACAUUACAGGAAAUGUAAAACUAUACUUUUAUUUCAUUCAGUCAUGAUUGCUUAGCCGACAAUUUAUUUUUUAUUUUCAAAAAUUCUUUAGAAAUAACACUUUUUUGUGUUGGUCAGGUUAACAUCUCCAAAUAUGGUAAAGCGCACACAAAGGAAAAAGUAGAAGUUGUGAAUAGUUUUUAUCGUGCUUUAUUGAGGUUCUGCAGAGACGUGACAUUAACUUAUCAGCCAUUUUGGACAUGUGACAAGCAUGGUGACAAGAUCAAGUGGAUAAGGCCUUGUUUGUGGGUGGCAAGUUGGUACUGAGUGUGCAGUGUGUCUUGGUUUCUCGGUUUCUUGGUACUGACUUCUUCCUUGGAUGUGGAAGUAGACUUUGGUUACAAUGAUUAUUAUUAAGCUGCUUAGCUGGAAAUUCAUCCAGUUGCAGCUUAUGGUAGCACCCAACCCCUUUAAUCCCAUCCCUGAACUUUUGUGCCUGCUUUUGGUUUUGGAAUUUGCCACAAAUUUUAUAAUAUUGCUCUGGCUUCCUCCACAGUACAAGGGCAUGCCUGUUAGGUUAACUGGUGAGUCUAAAUUGGCUGUGCAUGUGAUGUAUAAAUAUACAGUACUUAAAGUGCAUCAAAUAAAACACUGUAGGAAUGUAUGGUUAAAUGUGACUUGUAGUCUAGAGCACUUUGAGUGGUAGAAAAGCACUACAUAAAUGCCACUCCAGUCUGUUUACCUCACGUAACUGUGCAGAAAUCCAAAGCUCGACAGCCUUCUUGCACCUAAUUGUGUCGCUUUGAUGGAGCAACAGCUAAUCGAAGGUUUAGCAGAAAAUAUUUGUUGACAUGCUAAAUAUUUAACAAUCUAACAAUGUUGAAGUAAUUUUAUAGAAUUGCUGCAAUAAAAUUACAACUAUUACUAGAGUUACUACUACUAGUACCACCUUAAGCCUCUAGUUAUUCAGUUACUUUCAUAAUGCUUCUUGAAUCCUGGCAGGCAGUGAACAGGGUUGCUGAUAUAAUCAACAGCAGAUUUUGAUGUGCAUAUAUGAGAAAAAGACUUGCCAUCCAUGACUGUAUGAUACAGCAGACUAUUGUGGUCUAAUGAGGAUCUAUUUUCUAAUUAGCCACGUAAAGCUGUAGAUUAAAAUCCUCCUUUGAAGUGCAUUGUUUUUUUUGGGUUUUUUUGUCCCCACUGGUGUAAAUCAGGGUGUCAUUGUUUUUGUUUUCCUAGAAAACUGGAUGAUUCUGUGUAAUACCGACACACUGCCAAGAUUCUCCCUCACAGACUGUCUAAGCAUUGCAAUGCAUGAUGAUGGCAGGGAACCACCGUCCAAACAGUCUAAUGUUCUCUUGAACAUGUAAGAUGCCAUGUUUCUCGCGUCUUUUCUCGCAUCCUCGGCUCUCAGAUGCAUUUCUAGCGUCAUGGCGAGGACUACUUCCUCACCACCGUGCUGCCCAUCAGACGAUGUUUACAUAUUCUGACAUUAGAGAACUGUUAUCACAGAUGUCUCAUAUCCAGCGUCUGCUGCAUAUGUAGUUAUGUAUAGACAGAGAGAUAUAUUUUAACCUUUGCACUGGUUUGAAGUGCACUUUACUGAAAACCUUGGCUUGACCUCCACUACCUGUACAAACUACAAACAGCUUUUUUUUUCUUUUCUUUUUGUCAAAAUGUGCGCUGCUCUUUUAGAUCUGAAGGUCGCGUCCUAGUCUCAUUGUAAAAACUAACCUGUCGGUCUCGACUACACAAGCAUUGUUUUUUGUUCAAAGUGCGCUGUCUCAAAGAACAACCGGUGACACGGCAAAGUGCUUUUUUUUCCCCAUGUGGAAACAGUUGCUCUGUCACUGUGAUUGACUCUUACCAAAUGGGUUCCUUAAGGACGCAAAGAUCGUUCUCAAAAGCUGCGUAAGCGAUCUGUUGGAGCUGCCGCACAACGUGCAUCACAAACACAAUGUAUAUGGCUGAGGCUUAAGCUUGUUUGCUUUUCCUUUGUGUGUGUUUACCCCAAAGGAGUCAGCAGGAAUCAAUGGAGGGAAAAAGUGUUUGAGAUGUACUGAGAUCGACUCCUUCAAGGGCAAACGCAGGUAUGAAAUUGUUUUAUGAGAUGGAUGGCUAUCCUGUACAAGGUUUCAUUUGAAGAUGGAUCAGAAAGAAUUUUAAUUACAUCACCCUUAGUUCUCUUUUAUACCACACAUGUUUUGGGUGUUAACUGUACAUUUUGUGUUGUUGAAUGACUUCCACAAACCAACAGAUACAUGUAACUGCUGUCAGCCUUCAAAACAAGCUGAUUUGGACCUUUUUGUGUUUGACUGUCCUUUUCAGAGAGCCCUCUUUCUGCGUAACUUAUGCCGGUGUGUGUGGAAAGUGUGUUAUAUGUUUGCGAAAGGUUAUCUGUCUUCAUUUUCCACCUGUUAUUUGGGACCCUUAAUUUUUUUUUUAAAAUCUCAUUACGAAACUGUUUGACGCUCUUUUAAAUUAAUUUUGUUGAAUGUACAACAUGUAAAGAACAAAAACAAAAAAAAAAACGACUUCAUCUGUGCCAAUACUGCGCUAAUAUUUUUCUAUGUUGCUGACUGUACUCUCUGUAUUCCUUAGUAGCUUGUG